GAGGAAUGUGGGCUUUGGGUACGACAUCGAUCGCUUGAAGGCGUGCCAACAUGAAGGUUAUUUGCGCUGGAGUAUCCAAAACGGGUACUAAAUCCAUGGCAAAAGCCCUACGUAUUUUAGGGUAUAAAACAUAUGACUUUGUAGAACAACUACAAUUUUUCCCAGAUGAGUUUGACGACUACUUUACGUAUGGAAAAAGACCUGACUUCCAAGCCAUGUUCCAAGAUGUUGACGCUGUAACUGACACGCCAGCAUCAAUUUUGUUUGAAGAGCUUUUUGAAAUUUUCCCCGAUGCUAAAGUGAUCUUAACAGUUCGUGACAAUGAACAAGUAUGGGCUAAAAGUUACAGCGAACACUUAAAACUCUUCACGUGCUGGACGUGGAUUUAUGGGUAUAUGUUUUUGGGCAGGAAACGAUUUCGAGUAAUAACAUCGCUCGAUAAUGCACUCCUAGGAAGCCGUAAUCCUAGCUCGUCUUUAAUCCACAUCAAGCGAUACCAGUUGCACAACCAACGUGUUCAGCAAAUCAUCCCAAAAGACAAGCUGUUGGUGUUUAAUGUAAAGCAAGGUUGGAAGCCCUUGUGUGAGUUUCUCGGUCGAAAGGUUCCAGACGAGCAGUUUCCUCGAGCUAAUGUUGGAGGGCAACAUGCAAAGAGUUUUCUGCGUCAUUCCUUCCAAAAGGUUCUGAUGAUUAUGGCUUUCCUUGUUUUGGGUGUUGCUAUCAUUGUAUUUCUUAUAAUAAAGAAGAUCUAAAAAGUCCUUAAAAUGCAUCGAAAAUAAAUAAAGUAAAGGGAUUAGUAUAUGUAAUAGGACUCCAUGCUGUCUAAUUAAGAAAUAAUUGGACGAGGAAAGUUCUGAGGACUGACAAAAUUGGAUGAGGCCAUAGGCAUGAAAUCCCAUUACCUAUUAAUUAUAUAGCUGCCUAAUUAAUCCCAUAUCAACAAAACCUGUCCAAUUGAGAAAAUAAUUGGACAGUUACCUAUAUGGGAUUAAUGAGAAGCUGUUUAAUUAGAUAUGUUAAUGCGCGAGUCUGGAAUAUGUCAUGACCUGCAGAAACUCGUGAAAAGUUUGCAAGGCUAGCGUGACAUUUAAAGACCCACAUUUAAAAGUUAUUGUAGUAAACAGGAAAGGUUAUUAAGUAGAACACGUGCCUACAAGAGAAAUCAGCUAUCAGUAAGAGUUACUUUACCACAAUGGAUGACGUCCUACAUACAUAUCCCAAGCUCCGUCAGUUGCCAACCCGACCUAGGCAUGACUGAGAUGGAGUGAAAUUAUUCAAAAGGCCAUAACUCGCUCAAAUUUGAUUAGAAAGACUUCAAACCUUCCCCAACGAAUGACAGAAAUAAGAAACAAAAAACAGUUAGAUAAUUACAUGUAAUUUGAUUCAAGGUUUUUCUUUAAAAGGAAGAGUAGCAAGGGCCUCUUGGCGCAUGGGUUCUCGUGGGGCUGAACUUCGUGCGCGAGGCAAAGCUUUUCAAUGUCCACUCGCCACUCCCUUAAUCCUAUGCACCACGAGGUCAGAUCAUUAGCAGUGGUAUCUUCGAUGACAAACCUAAUAUAUGAGCUGAAGUUAUUGCCUACGUUAAUAAAGGUGGCUUUAAGUAUUUUUAUAGAUUGCAUAAGAAAAAAGUAAAAGUAAAAUAUUUUAAGGGCCAUUCCUAACUUUUUACUUGGAGUCAUACACUUAUUUCAAUAAAGUUAGUCACCUGAAAAGCUACAAAGCUGAGACCGACAAGGGUUAUGGGUAGAUACAUUUUACAUGUUUUAACCGCUUGAUAACUGUUGUUGGACUUGAGAUCUUUUACCAGUUACAAGUUCACCUCCUCUGAGCAUCCUCAACUACUGCAGUUUGUGUUGAAACCUUUACUUGUUGAAUAUGUAACUUUUCCGAUGAUUCUCAGCGAUCACAGCUUUCUCGGUUUUUGGUGACAAACUUUAUUGAAAUAAGUGUAUACAUUGUUAGUUAACAAUAACAAAAAAAGUAAACGCCUUUACAGUUUUUAGGUCGAUACAAGCGCAUUACGUUUUGCGUUCUAUUCGUUAAUUUGAUACACUUAUUUCAAUAAAGUUAGUCACCUGAAAAGCUA